GUUUCCCAAAACUUCAUCUCCCAAAAAUAUCUAUAACCAUCCCAUCCCCCACUCCCACUCACCCUAAACCUCUUUCCUCUUUGCUUCGCGGUAUUUCUAUUUUCUGCUUUUGCUCCUUCUUUGUUUUUAGAGCUUAAACCCCUUUCCUCGGCCUGUCAUUUUUCAUUCCUAUCGUAAUCUUUUCUAUUCGCACUUGCUUUACAAUUUUUGGGCUUGCCUAGUAUAGUACUGUACCCGUGGUGCCAUUCAAUUGCUUCGUGGCAAAGUUGCUGCCGUCUCCUCAAGCCCUCUCCCGCGCCGACUCGGGGUUCAUCCUGGCCUACCCCCUUUGGGACCUCCCACCUUGCCAUCUGCCUCGUCCGCGGCUCACGGGCACGACGAUCUCCUGAUACUCCGCUGCCUGGGCGCUUGAGUGGCCCGUUCUCUCGGUUGCAAUGAUCUCGGACGAGCUAUUCGAGGAGUGUCGUCUUAUUCUUCAGGGUUUGGCUUUCCACAUUCAGCAGCCAGCCGAGCUCUCGCUAAUCUUUCAUCCCCACAAUUUUUGCAGACACGAACUUGCUCGAAGAGGACCAAACGGAAAGGGUAUCUGCCCUCAUCGCAUCCAAGACGGAUCUCACGGGCACCCCCCUGGAUAAUGAGACGCUAGAUGUUCUCUGGCGUUAUCGCGAGAAGGUGUCUUCAACCUCUUCCCCGCCGAUCCGUCAUGCCCAUACCAUAGUUAGAAGAGCGUCCCCAGCACCAUGGCAGUUUCCACGAGUGGGCACUCCAACACCCUCAUUGGGCAGUACACCUCCAAUGGCACCCCCAGGCUUUUCACCAUCCUUUAUUGGAAAGGGUUCCCCCUUUCCUUCCCCUAGACCGAGCCCAAGGCUGGCAUACUCCUCCCCGCUGAUACCCCAUUCACCGAAUUUGAACAACUAUGAACCUUCAUCUUCAAGCGACCCUGGAUUCCCACCGGAAGCCUACGGCGAUUUCGGGAGCGAGACAGUUGCUUGGUUGGUGGGCGAUGACAAUUCAAUGGGCUUUGGGAAUCGGAGCGCUCUUCAAGAGAAUAUGUCCCCCCAUGAUAUGCUUCGAUCGGUGCUCGGUGAAGGGCGCUCUGAUGAGGAGAUAGAGCAGGCGCUGGAAGUGUGCGGUUAUGAUCUUGGCACAACCUUGACAAUGUUGAUGGAACAGCAGCAUUUCAACUGCAUGGCGAACCAGACUACCGAGGGUUCCACAGCCAUUGGGAAGUCCAUGGCGCCGGCCCCGGUUCCGGCGGUCCGGCCUGUUACUCCUCGCAAUGGCGUUGUCUGCCGCUUCUUUUUAUCGACUGGGCAGUGUCUCCGUGCGGAUUGCCGCUUUUCCCACGAUCUUGGGACCACGAUUUGCAAGUACUGGCUCAUGGGCUCUUGCCUUGCGGGAGAAACUUGCAUAUUCUCUCACGAUCCAACGAUGUCUGUAUCGAAGAUGACAAUUGACAACAACAGUCGAAACUCGACCCCCCCCCCUCAACUUCAGUUUCAUGAUUCGACCGCAUUCCCCGCAUUGGCCUCGGACCAGUGGGCAGCGAUGGGGCCUUUAUUGGGGGCCGGUAUCAAUCCACCUCCCGGUUUCAAACAUCCGAUCUCUCGUCCCAACUCUCGCCAACAGUCACGCGAGAAGGAGAGGAGCUCUACUCCGGUGCCCGCGGUCAAUGAUACUGAUGCCUUCCCUUCCCUGAGCAGUAGCGCAAAGGCAUCUGGGAAUGGCAAGAAGCGUCGUAACAAUAAGAGUGAUGGCGGCAACAACAUUCCUACAGGACCUUCAUCUUUGGCCGAUGUCGUCCGUGCUACACCCUCUCCAUCCCCCCAUUCUAACCGUACCUCUACUUCGUCUGGCGCGUCUUCAAAUCGCUGGUCCGGGGUUGGUGGCUCUCCGUCCUCCAAGCGGACUUCUCGCGUCUCCGCUGCUCAUAUAACUGCACCACAGCAAAUACCGUGGAUGGAAACUGGUAGCGCUCUCAAUAAGGUCUACCUAAAACACCGUAAGGAUGCGCUCGGCCACGGAGUGCUCAGAGCCAAAUACCUCCAGCAAGCCAAUUCGGCCUGGCAACGGAACGACGCAAAGUCGGCCAAGGAACAUAGUCGCAAAGCCAACAAUGAGAAUAUUGCAAUGAUGAAGGCUCACAAGGAGGCCUCGAAGGCGAUCUAUGAGGAACGCAACAAGGGCGCGUCGAGUAAUACCGAGCUCUUUGUUGAUUUGCAUGGUUGGCCUCUCCUCUGCUUUUGUGUUUUGGAAUUGCUUUUGUGUCGCGAUUGAUUAACGGGUUUAUGAUUCACCGAAAAUAUUAGGCCUUCUCCCGGAAGAGGGAUGCAAAUACCUCGAAGACAUCCUUGUCGAGCACCAGGCGAGCACCCGCCCGCUUUACGCAAUCGUAGGCACCGGCCAUCACUCCAAGAACAACAAGGAUAAGCUUGGCAAGGCUGUCAGGGCGUUUUUGGAUGAGUGGAAGUACGCAUACAGAGACUUCUCUGCCGGCGGCGAUAGAAAUUCCCAGGGUGGUAUACUGGGGAUUGAUCCUAGUAGCUUCGAUAAGUCUCUUUUGACUGGUGAGGCUGGAGCCGGUAGCGGUAGUGGCUCUACAGCGACAAAGAGGGACCCCCCCAAGGGCCCUGGGGGCAAAAAGAAAUGACGGAUGUACCGGCUGCAAAGAGUAGUAAGUAAAGUAGAGGAUAUCCCGGUAUUGCAGAGGGUGCUUGCCGUAACUGUUUUCGGAGCCUACUGGACUUUGGAAGCCAUAAUGUUACUGUCAGGGGGAUGUCGGGGUCAUGUUUGUGAUUGGAUAGAGGGCGGAAGGCCAUGUUAAUGUUACUGGUCUGGCAAUGUCACGGUAGACACCGGGUUGAGGCUACAUGUUUGCUACUUUUUGCUGCUGAUAGAGAAGUU